AUCCCAGGAUCCUGGGAUCAUAUCUGAGCCAAAGGCAGAUGCUCAACUGACCGAGCCACCCAGGAUUUUUCUUUAUGGGGCUCUGAUAUGACCCAUGGUACAUAUGAGUCAACAACUGUGAACCGUUUCCUGAAGAAAUUCUACUAUUACAGUAAUUGUGGCACUGUGGCACACUCAUAGAAGAAGAGUCUGGCUUUGCCAAGAACAUCUGAAAGGAAGUGAGUAAAAGUGGCAUAUUAUAGAGGUAAACUUAUAUCAUCUUUAUUUUUCAUUGGACGAAACAUUCACAGAUUUUGGCAUGAUAUUAUUUGGUGAAAAAUCACCAAGGUUGAAAAACACUGCUUUGGAGGAAAGUAGCUAUUCUUCUCAUCAGAAAACAAUUGCUGAGAACCUUCUGAUGCACAGCAUGGAUCUGUAUUGCAGCCCAAUAUGUGGUUGGUCAUAAGCAAGCUAAUUUUGUUAUGGCUUUUGCCCUGAACAUAAACUUACAGCUGUCCAUGCUCUCCAUGCUGUGCCUGCUCCCCAACCUACAGCCCUAGAGGCCACUGGGGCCAGUGACCCAUUCUCACCCAUCACAGACCCAGGGCCAGUCUCCAUGCCACACUUGUUUGACCAGGCCAAGGCAAUAUUGCAGGGCCACAUCAACUUCAAAUGUGGGCAGAUUCACCAGGGCAAGGUCCCUGCUCGUGUAUAUAGCUCUUGGCAGUGCAUAAUUCCUGGGGACCUGCAAGUGGCUCCCUUCACCUGCAUCCCAGAAAGCAAGCCCUUGGAGCUACAGGCAGCAACUGACCCUGCCCUAAAACAAAAAGCUGUGCCCUGGAUACCAAUGGCCCUUGAUCAACAGCAACAAGCCUCACCAGAUGCUGUCACUGAACACACUAAGCUGUCCCAAGUCCUGUCCGAGGGAGCCAUUGAGAAACUGGAGACAACUUUGCAGCACAAGUACCUGGCCUUCUUGUCAGGGCUGCCUGCUCUUUAUUAUGUGGCUCUCUCUAGGGCCAUGGCACCGGCAAUCUCUACCCAAGCUGUAAUCGCAGGAAUGGUGGCUGGGCCUGGUGAAUUCCCAAGUGAACCUCUGACUCAGAUGAUCUCAUCUGAAGAGCGGUGUCUGAGUCCUGGGCCAUGCUUUCAAGAUGCCAACGAGACUUGUGCAGACAUUGAAGAUGAGCUCCAGGUUGAAGAGCAGGUGGAAGAAGUGAUCAAGACGGUGCCUCUAGAAAGCCAGGCAGAGGCCUCUGGGCCCUACACACUCAAGAAACCCAUUUUAGCCAAACUAAAUUUCCAUCUAAGAAAGAAGAUCCUAGAGAUACAACUGGGAAUUCCCAUAAAGGCAAGGUUGUCCAGAGAACAAACUGUAGCAACCCCAGACAACACAUCCACACAGGAGUCUCUAGGGAGUCUAAACAACCAAGGAAAAACAUGGCUCCAGGAUCUCCCCAUCCCACCAGACACUCCUCAUGUCCCAGAUCCAGAAUGGCUCCACCUUAAAGAACAGCUGGCCCUUGAGUUAAAGGCAGUGCAGCAGAACCAGAAGCAACCUAGUUCAAGACCAAUACCUCAUGGUUCUGCCCACUGGACCUCACAACCCAGUUGGGGACAUGACAGAGGCCCAGGUGCUUUGUGUUCACUUGGAGGCCAAUGUGAACAGCCCCAGCCUGGAGGAGCCCUGGAGCCCUGA